GUCGGUUCGUGCGGUAUGCAAAUGAGUCCCUCCGACGUCACAUCCUGAACUUGAGCGCCAUCUUUUCUCGUUACGGCGAAGAAAGGGACAAAAAAAAAAGGGCCGCGGCGAAUUUUUUUUUUUUUUUCUGCGGGGGGGUUCGCGAUUGUCCUCGUCUCCGGUUGAGCGGCGCCGACGUCACCCUUUUUUUGUCAGCAAGCACCGGAGCGGGUGAACGCAGACGCCGGAUGCGGCUCGGGUGAGCGUGUUUGGCGGGCGUCGGAGCGCAGACGAAGCGGCGUCGCUGCUGCGGACCGAGAGGCACCGGGGGGAACGGGGGAGCGGGGCUCGGAGGACCCCCCGAACGCUGCUUCGGAACCGGGCACCAGGCAGGUCGCUGAGGAAGCAUGUAUCAGCUCCCGGUCGGGAACCUGGACAAGAUCCGGAAGGCGCGCAAGUCCGUCAAACAUGUCCUGAGUGAGAUCGGCCUGGAGGAUUGCCAGAACUUUCUCAAGGAGUUUGACCAAAGCCCGGAGCAGAACUCCGAGGAAGCGGAUCCUCCGAAGGGCGCCGAGGGGAGCGACUCUGCCGACGCACAUCACAACCGACUCCAAAAGAAGGACGGCGAUGAUCUGCAGGGCACCGAGUGGAGCGACUUCACCGACGGAUACCAUGGCCGACUCCAAAAGAAGUGGCCGUAUCGGAGCAGGACCAUGUGCUGCGCCAUGUGCAAGUACUCGUCCCAGAACAUCUACCACUACCGCAACCACGUGGCGCGCUGCCACGAGUGCCUGCAGACCCUGUGCGCACUGACCGCCUGCCACCGCUGCAUCUUCGUGGCGCACCCCCGCGUGCUCAAGAAGCACCUGGCCUUCUUCCACGGCAACCGAGGCGUGGGGCCGCUGCCCGGGGAGGCGGUGCACCGCGGCAACGAGCGCUACCAGUGCAGGAAGUGCGGCUUCCCCACCCACUCCGUCUUCGCCAUCAAGAAGCACAUCAUCCUCAAGCACCUGGAGAGCUACACGGAUCAGUACAUCGGCUACAGGUACCCCGUGUCGGGCUCCGCCGUCAAGCUGUACUGCUGCAAGGUGUGCAAGGUGAACACGGGCACCCUGGACCAGAUGCUGCACCACAUGCUGGUGGACCCCAAACACUUCGCCGUCAACUCGCAGGUGCAGACUAUGAUUUACGAGAACAAGAACUUUGCCAAGCCGCCGCCUAACGGCAACGGCGGCUUUGUCACGUUGCCGAGCCUCGCGCCAAAGCCACAGCAAAGUAAGUCCUUUGUGGUGCCGAGCAACGGCCAACACGGCGGCGCCAUGGUGGCUCUGAAUCAGAUGCAGGGCGCGUCCAACAGCGCCACGCUUAUCUGCGCUCCCAACAGCAACCAAGCCUUCCUGCCCCCUCAGGCGUCGGCGCUCGUGCAGCUGGCGAGCGCCGAAGCGAAAGGUUUGCUCCAGCCCGGCGCCACAAUCGCCCUGCGGGGCUCAUCGCUGGUCCAAUACCCCAACAUGUCCCUGAAGCAGGCGCCGCCCCAAUCGCAGCAGAUCCUCAUUCCGUCGGGUCCGCAGGUCAACGCGGCGGCCGGGCCCGGCUCCGGCUCCGCGCCCAGGUCCGCGAUGGUGGUGCAGAACCCGCCGGCGAACCAGAUGACUCUCCAGGGCACCAUGCUGACGUCCCAGUCGCUGCUCAGUCACCUGAUCCCCACAGGCAACCGGGUGAACGGCAUGCCCACAUACACCUUCGCUCCGCUCCAGAUGGCCGCGCCCGGCCCCCAGAGUCCGGCCGGCCCGGCAGCCAACCAAACAAAGAAGUGGAUCACGUGCCCGCUCUGCAACGAACUCUUCCCCUCCAACGUCUUUGACAUGCACAUCGAGGUGGCCCACCACAGCAAGUCCACAGUUUCCCGCUCGGAAAGCCUGGCGGGGCGGGCGGCCUUCCUGAGGAAGAUGCCCGACAAGACUCUCAAAUGUCUGACGUGCAAAGUUCUGCUGUCGGAGAAAAGCGUCCUCCAACACCUGCUGCACGGCCUGGGCUGCCUGUACUGUGCCACCACCUUCUUCUCCGUCAAGCAGCUCAACGAACACGUCCGGCAACACAACCCCAGUGGCAAGCUUUACUGUGACUUCCUGCGGCAGAACUACAAGAUCUACACAAAACCUAACGCCGGGAUCUUGUUCCCUUACUUUGACGUCGCCACCACGGCGCCCAGGGAGGUCCUGGGAGAGUGCGAGGUCAACCUGGCGCUGGUCACCAGCUCCUUGGAGCUCAUCUACGUCCAGCUGCAGCCCAGCAGCCAGCCGGAGAUCUGCUCCGCCCCCGUCCGAGUCAAUGCCACUUUCUGCCCCUUCUGCGACGAGAAGUUCCAGGAGGAGUCCAAGCACCUGCAGCACCUGAAGCAGAAACACUUUGUGGCGCCCACCAUCCACGCCAUCCUCAAGACGGAGGCCUUCAAGUGCGUCUACUGUAACGGCGUCUACACGGGGAAGGUCACGCAGCAGGCCGUCAUGCUCCACAUCCAGCGGUGCCGCAGUUCACCCAAACCAGCCAAAAUCACGGCGCCGCCGCCACCACCGCUUCCUAAGUCUGUGCAGGUGGCCCGGCAGCCAUCGGGACUGUACUUCCUCCAAAUGCCAGUGAAACAAAUGCCAGCCAAAGCUCUUGGUCCUGCCAGCCCGGCGGCUGCAGGGCCGUCUCCUCAGCCGAGCACGGAGCAGAUGCAGUCCACUCGAAGACUGGAGGCCGCCUUGAAGGAGGUCAUCGCCUUCAACAAGCGGGAGCGCGAGCACAAGGCGGCCAUGCGCAAGAAGCGAGAGCAGGAGCGCUUGAUGCCGCCGCCCGAGCCCGAAGUCCAGAGUGACCCCAACAUCAAACUGGUGCUGGAGCCCGGCGCACUAGACCGCCGUGGCCCUGACGAGCGGCGGAACUUCAUCGCCAGAUACUUCAACACCAACCCCUACGCCGGCCGCGCCGAGACGGAGGAGCUGUGUCGGCGCCUGGCGCUGACCAAGGCUGAGGUGGUGGCGCUCUUCAGCACGAAGCGCAGCCGAUGCCUGAAGAACCUCAAGAAGAGCUCGGCAGCCGUGCUGAUGGGCUUCGACAUGGCCCGCCUGGCGCAGCUCAAACACCCGCUGCACAUUCCUGAACAACGGCCUGCCGAGCUGCGGGAGGAGGAGCCAGUGGAGGAGGAGGAGCCAGAGGAGGAGGCGGAGUCGAUGGAGGAGAAGAUGGCGGAGGGCGGGAAUGAGAAGGAGAAGAUGGCUGAAGAGGUCCCCAUGGAGCAGAACUCCUAAAGAGAACUUUCACUUUUUUUGCCGAGUUGGCGUUUCCACAAGUUACCGAAGGUCGUUAUGGACAACAAAACACUGAUAAUAACUUUUUGUACCAAUCCUAUCAAUUAUUGUUUGUUUGAUCCACCUGCGGGACCAGACCAGACCACACAGUCCUCCUCGUGUUCCAGCUGCCGUAGUACCUCGGAGCAAGGCCUGGUCCUCACCACAUAUAUAAAGAUAUUUCUUUUCUACAUGUCCUGAAGAACACUCCCUUCCUGGUCCAAAUAAAGAGUUCUUCCAAAA